UUCUCCAGUGCACCUGUCAAUCUCUCAUCUCUCUUAGUUCAAAUCGUCAAACUUGAAUCUCCGGGGUUGCCAAUUCGAAUCUUCAAACGCCAUCUCACUAUCUCAAUUCUCACGUUUGCAAGAUUGUUUUCAUUAUCUCCAAUUAGGAACAAUGUCAUCAAUUAGAGAAAACAUUGACAUUGACAUUGAGGAUACACCUAAUAUGGGAGAGUCGAUAUCAAAUGGAAAUAUGCAUGGGCGGGCUAAGCAAUCCAGAGUGUGGGAACAUUUUGAGAAGAUUUAUAAUGAAAGAACCAACAAAGUAGAAUAGACAGAGUGUUUCUAUUGUGAGAAGUUGUUAGCGUACAAUGUGAGUAAUAAAACUUCCUUUAUGUGCAAGCAUUUAUCAAGUUGUAAGAAAUACCCCCUCAAUGUAGAUAAAAGCCAGACAGUUCUCUCAUCUUUUAGGAGCACAAACAAAGAAGAUAACAAGGAAUAUAGUACGGUUACUACUUGGAGAUUUAGUCAAGAGGUCUUUAGGCAAUUGCUUGCUGAGAUGAUAAUUGUUGAUGAAGAACCAUUUACAAAGGUGGAGCGGCCAGGUUUUAGGAAAUAUGAAAGUUCAUUGCAAUCUUUAUGGAAGCAUAUUUCUCGUUAUACAGUGGCUACAGAUUCUUUGAAGAUUUACAAUUGUCAAAAGAUUUCAUUGAAAAAAUAGUUGAGAUCUCUGAAGUCUAGGAUUGCUCUAAUGACUGAUAUAUGGACUUCCAUUCAGAACUGUAGCUAUCUAUGCCUCAUUGUUUACUUUAUUGAUGAGAAUUGGGAGUUACAUAAGAAGAUUCUGAGUUUUGUGACCAUUAGUAGUCAUAGGGAUAGGGUAAUAGAGAAAUGCAUUCUUGAAUGAGGUAUUGAAGAUCAUGUAUCAAUUUUAACGGUGGAUAAUGCUAGUGCUAAUGAUGUGGCAAUCAAUUACUUGAAGGAUAGAUUGGUGUAGAUGAGAAUGCCUUAACUAUGGAUGGUCAGUAUUUUCAUAUGAGAUGCAUUAUUCAUAUUAUGAAUUUGAUUGUGAGGGAUGGUUUUAGUGAGGUAAAUGAUAGUAUUAGCCAUAUCUGUAGUUCGGUUAAGUAUGUGAGGAGUUCUUCUGGUAGAGCCUUAGAAUUCGAAAGAUGUGUGAAAGAGGAAAGAAUAACUUAUAAAGGUGGUGUGUGUCUAGAUGUGGCCACUAGAUGGAACUCCACUUAUCUCAUGUUAGAUAACGCAAUAAAAUUGAGGAAAGCUUUCCAAAGGUUGGAAGAUGAGGACCCCAACUUUGCUAUUGAUUUGUCACAUGAAACUCUUUUAGCUGAUGAUUGGGAAAAAGCAAUUGUGUUUGCCAAAUUAUUGGAAACGUUCUACGAAGCUACUAAAAGGAUGUCAAGGACGAAAUAUGUGACUUCUAACAAUUAUUUUGAUGAGAUAGUUUCCAUUAUCUUUACUUUGAAUGAUUGGGAGAACAAUUUUAAUCCUUGUCUUUCAGAGAAUGUCUAAGAAAAUGAGAGAGAAGUUUGACAAGUAUUAUGGGAGUCUUGACAAAGCCAAUGUGAUGGUGUUGAUUGCAACGGUAUUAGAUCCUCGGUAUAAAAUGAUAUAUGUGAGCUAGUGCUAUAAAAAGAUUUAUGUCAAUGACUUGGCAAAAGCUAAAAUGAUGAUGAAAAUCUUGAGAGAUGUAUUAUAACGACUAUUUGGAUUUUAUGACCGACUUGCCUCAACUAGAACAAGAUCAAGCUUCCAGUUCCUUUCCACCAAUGGGAACUAAUCAAUCUUUAGAUUGUGUUGUUGCUUCUAAUGCUAUUGUUAAGUAUCACCCCAUCAAGGACGCAUUUUUGAAGGAGAUGGACGUAGGGGUACUUGAUGUUAACAAACUAGAGUUAGAGCAAUACCUUGAGGAGAAACGUGAAACCUUGAAGUGUGAGUUGAGUAUCUUUAAUUGGUGGAAAGCAAAUAAAGGGAAGUAUAAGGUUCUCUUGCAUAUGGCAAGAGAUGUCUUUGCAAUUCCUAUGUCUACAGUUGCUUCCGAGUCAGCUUUUAGUACAUUGGGUCGUGUACUUGAUCAAUUUCAAAGUUCUUUAUCUUCGGGUGUUGUACAAGCGUUAAUUUGUACACAAGAUUGGUUAAGAUAUGCACCCACACUUACUCCUUCUGAAAUUUACUUGGUGGAUACAGAGACUUAUGUUUUAGCACUGAAAGCAAUUGAUGAGAAGCUAUUACCAUUGCAAAUUUUGGGGAUGAAACUUUAUAUGUUAUCUUGUUGUUGUAUUGUGUUAUUUAAAAUGUUAUGUAAUUUUAAUUUUGGGAGGAUGAAACUUGAUAUGUUAUUAUGUUGUUGUACUUGUGCUAUUUAAAGUUUUAAAGUGUUAUGUAAUUUUAAUUUUGGGAGGUUGAAAUGGAUAUUGGAAUAGUUGUAAUUUUUGUAAAGU